AUGAAUAAAGAAGAAAUAGAAGUUCUACAAACAAUCUACAAUAAUGAUUUUACAAUUUCUAAUACUCGACCUGUUUGGUAUGGGGUAAUGGUGUCGGCCGAUGAAGAGAAACAAAAUUUAGUUACCGAAAGUUCACAUUCUCAACAAAAAAACGAGAUUUCAAUUGUUGACCCACAAUACGUUCAAGUUUUAUUUAAUUUACCAUUGGAAUAUCCUUCGGUUCCUCUUGAAAUCCGAAUUGUUGGUCCUUUGUUAUCGAUUAAUCAGUUAUCAUCGGACUUUUCAUCCAGUUCACCGACUUUAAGUGACCGUAAUGAUCCAAUCACGAACAAUGAAGAUGGUCUGAAACAUUUAGAGAAACUCUUAAAAGAUUGUGCGACCGAGUUGGCAUCACGGGAGGAACCUGCGAUGUAUGAAAUUGUAGAAUUGACUAGAAAUUGGUUAUGGGACUACCAACAAAAAUCGUUAACUCAUCGACGUCAUCAAUAUUUUUCAAAUCGGUGGAUUGGGGAAUGGCUGGAUAAGUUGUUUGAUUGGCAAAUUACUUCUUAUUCCCCAUCCAGAGUCAUGGAUACUCAAAUUAAGGCAGAACUUAAAGUUAUCGAAGGUGUAGAAGAAGAGAGCGGUGAAAAGAUUGAAAUUGCUAAAGUCCGAAAUUAUUUGAGAGAGAAUCUUUGGGAUGUUAACAAGGCUGUGCAGUCGAUCGUUAAAAGUAUUCGUGAUGACACCUUGGAAAAUGCAUCGCACAUUAAAGAAGUCAUGGAAGACAGUGACGAUGGGAAAAUUUGCGCGAUAUGUUUUGACACUUUUCCUACUGAGGAAAUAACUACUUUUAUGCCUUGUGAUCAUAGUACAUGUAAUGAUUGUCUCACUCAAUACCUCACUCUUAAAAUAUCUGAGAAUCAAAUUUUCUCAAUGAGUUGUCCUGGAGCCGUUAGAUGUAAAACUUUAGUAGAUCCAACAAUCAUUGGUCGAUUGCUUUCUGAACAGCUGAUAAGCAAAUAUUAUUCUUGCCUUCGUGAUUCCUUUAAUCAACUUCAACAACACCCCGAAGUUCCUAAAUCCCACGUUCAACAAUCCGUCAAAAAAUUCUUUUGGUGCAUCAGUCCAAAAUGUGAUCAUUCGUUAUCCGUUAAAGUGCAAUCUCUUACGCAAAAUCCGCCGUUACUCCAUUGUUAUGGAUGUAGCACGACCUGGUGUUCGUCAUGUGAAUUAGUUGGUGGUCACUGGCCAUCAACCUGUGUGGACCACGAAACGUACCUCCGCACAAAUCACGCGGUAAAACUUCCCCCCACUAAGCUUCCCAAGAAUUCAAUUUCCGAUAUCUCAACUAAACCAUGCCCCAAAUGUCAUAUACACAUAUCUAAAAAUGGUGGAUGCAUGCACAUGUCGUGUCAAAUGUGUUGUCAUGAAUUUUGUUGGGGCUGUUUGAAAGAAUGGUCCAUGCGUUCUCACCCUGGAUACUUCACUUGUGAUAUGAUGCUGAACGGUACGGAUGAUGAUGGUUCCCAAGUUAUUACCACCUUUUCGGUGUUUGAUCUGGACGACUUACUGACUACCCCAGGACAAUUUCAGAAGAGAUUCAAGAGAGCUGUGAUUUUAUAUUCUACUUCUUUCAAACAAGAACAAAUAGAACUAGAUUUACUACUCAAGCACUACAGAAAUGGAUCCGACACCCGGGAUAUCAGGAAAUUGAGAAUUGAAAUCACGCAGUCAUUGGUACAAUUGACUUAUAUAAUGAAGUUUGGUUCCAUGGGAUUUUUUACGAAAUCCGAUAAGGACGAACUAGAGGUAAAAAAAGGCGUGGAAAUUAUGCAGAGAUUGGAGUUCGGGUUGAGCACCAUGGAAAAGUUGAGAGAUCAGGUGAUACGAAUUGAUCGGGCAAACAUUGGAAAAGAGGAAGGCAGGGAUAAAUGCUACAUGAUGAUGAAUGAGGAGAAAUUAAAAGUUUGGUCACCUCACAAAGGAUCCAACCAAUUUUUGGUUGAUUCUAAUAAUGAUUUGAGGUUGUAUGAAUAUAAUCCAAAGGAACCGGUCAAUUUAAAUUUUAGAACUAUUGUUCUUCCUCCUCCCGAUCCUCCUUCUAGAUUGACGUAUUACACGUGGUCUCCGGACAGUAAUUAUAAAGGUCUUUUAGCCGCCGGUUACUCGAAUGGCAAAAUUUUCUUGGGAAACUUUUGCGAUGAGGAUCAGAUCUCCACGAACGCAUCUAUAAGCAUCCAAAAACAAUCUCAUGGUACAUUGUCCAUCAAAUCCAUUAGAUCAUGUAAUGCAAUGGCGUUUUGUCCAUAUGAACCGCGGCUUUUGGCAGUGGGAUAUGAAAGAAUGAGAACCGAAUAUUCUCUGUUGAUAUGGGAUGUCGAACAAGCAAGAAUUAUAAAUAGUUUUGGAAAUAACAAAAAUUACGGUGCAAAUGGUUCGCCCAAUGAACCUUCCACUAAGAUCGGAGGCAACAACGGGUCAAACUUGCAGAAUGACGUUGGUGAUUUGGGAAUUCAAGGAACGAUGGUCGCAGCAGAUGGGCAAGUAAUUUCGCGUCCUUCAAUUGUAACCAGUCAUAACCGCAUUGAAGAUAUGAGACCAAAGAAUACUUUUGGUUUUGGAGAGAAUGUUGUAUCUUGUUCUUGGUAUUCAAAUAGAAAAAGAUUGGUAUCUGGCGUGCAAUCAAAGAAUUUGAAAUUUUAUGACUUAAGAAAGGAAGGUCAUACUCAUGUGAUACCUACGAGAGCCGUUUAUGGUGUGACGGGAGAUCCUCAUCGCGAACACCGUAUUGCUAGUUACGAAGAUGGUUUUCUUGCCUCUUUAGAAAAGGAUUCAAAUUACAUAACGUUAUAUGACAUAGAAGAUUGCAUGCCGAAUAUUGCUCCGGCGCCAUUAAAUAGGAAUCCAUCUUUUAACGGUACCGAUUCAGGUGGAGCGUUGAACGAGGUUCCGCCCGUAAGAAAUAUUGCCGGAUACGUGUCUGCAGGAAUGACAGACGACGAAUCCGGCAUUCCAAUUUUAUGGAAAUCUAGGAGAAUUAAUUCCAAUUCACCAAAAAAUCUUGCUUUAUUCUCGUGGAUAUCAACCUUCACUUCACCGUACAAUCAUUUCAUGACCAUAAACAAAGAUGUCGAAUUGAGGCCCCUAUUCAUGGAAGAGGCUCCUCCGUUCAAUUGGGGAUCCGGUGGCAGCAUAGUUAUUUCUAAAGCAAAAAGUUUUUUUGAACUUGAUCCGACACACGAGGAAACUCGGGAAACAACCAAUGAACACCCUGUUGAGCAUCCUGAAGAAAAACAGAGUAACCUGUCGAUCAAGGGAGACGCUGGACAGAAGCAACGUGUCUCUUUAAAUCUGAAAUUAGAUCACUAUGAAGAUACAUCACGACCUGAUGAUUUGAAUAAGGAUUCGAACGCUGUCUCACCACGGCAAUUCAAAAGCAUAUUGACAAAUCAGAACCACAAAUCACAAGACGGGGAAAUGGAUGGUAAUGCGUUAUUGGUAUCAAAUACGUUGAACUUGAUGCAAGAGGAUAUUUCGCUGGUGAUGCAUAAACGGGCGAUGAGCGGGUAUUCGAUGACCUGUCAAGUAAAUGAAGAAAUUGUGAAAGAAGCACCAAUGUUAAAGGCUUUAUGGAGUUGGAUAGCUCAGGCCGAAAAACUUGCAGAUGGAAAAGCAACGAUUGGGAACAUUGAUCAUAGCUAUCAUGGUGUUUAUUCAGUGUGGACAGCGUCGGCUGCUGUAAAAAAACAAUCACCCAAGCCUUCUUUGAUAAAUGAAGAAGCAAUAGAUCCCGAAACUUUAAAUGAUAGUGAUACGUUCACAAUCACCACUUCAAAAUUACAGCAAAGGAAAUUGUCACUGGCUAUAUGUGGAUGGGGAUUUGAAAAAAAUGAGUUGGAGAAUACGCUUCUCAAAAUGGUGCAGUCUGGUAAUUUUGAAAAGGCUGCAGGUUGGGCCCUGUUCCACGGAGAGACAGAACGAGCCAUUGAAAUUUUGAACAAUAGUCAAAAUGAGCGGUUGAAAUUAGUGUCCACUAAUCUCGCCAGCUUUUAUUUGAGCAAUAGAGAAGAAUAUCGAGAGAAUCUGCUUUGGCGAAAUAUAUGCAAGAGUUUAAGUUACGAGAUGAGGGAUCCUUAUCUACGGGCAAUUUUUUCGUACAUGGCUUCUGGUCACUGGGAUGAUGUGCUACGAGAAGAUGAGCUUGAGCUACGAGAUCGUGUUGGCGUGGCGUUAAGAUUCUUAGAUGAUGAUAAGUUAAGUGCUUAUCUAUAUGAAACCACCGAGAACGUUAAAAAAGCAGGAAACGUUGCCGGGGUAAUCUUGACAGGAUUGACUCCCGAGGGA